CUCGCGAGAUGUUGCUGUGUACGAGAUAUCACGAGAAUUCGAAGAGACCGGAAGAGAAUCAGGAGCAACACAGUGCAAACUAAGAUCUAGGAUGGCCUCGCGGGGAAAGAGUGAGACAGAGAAGUUGAAGCAGAACCUGGAGGAACAGCUGGACAGACUGGUGCAGCAGCUACAGGACCUGGAGGAGUGUAGGGAAGAUUUGGAUGAAGAUGAGUAUGAAGAAACGAAGAAUGAAACCUUGGAGCAGCUAAAGGAGUUCAGUAAGACACUGGAGCACAUGGUGCAGGGAGACAUGACACUCGUGGACGAACUCAACAGCAUGCAGCUGGCCAUCAGAGCAGCUAUUAGUGAAGCCUUCAAGACCCCAGAAGUCAUCAGAAUGUUUGCCAAGAAGCAGCCUGGGCAGCUCAGACAGAGAUUAGCUGAGAUGGAGCGUGAUGCGAAGGUAGGCAAGCUGCCGCCGGAUGUCUACACACAACAGAAGAUGGAAGUUCUCAUGGCCCUCAGGAAACUGGGCGACCAGCUGAAACCAGAGGAAGCUAAUUUCCUGACCACAAACAGUAAUGCAGCACUCAGCCAGUUUGAGAAGGUGUCUGAAGACAUGGGUGCUGGUGACAAGCUCUUACAAGUCGCCGGCUCCCAGGUGGCGGCAGCCGAGAAGUAGAACAGCCUGGCCAGUGCUGUUCCAGAGGGAAGGCUGGUGGUGAUCGGAACAGCUUUGUUUCUGAUAGCUAGAAUUUCUCACAGGAUAACUAUGUGUUUGUUGUUUAAAGAAAAUGCAAUUCUUGGUGCUGAAUGUAUAAUCUUUUGUGUUUUUGUGUAUACCUGAAGAUGCUGAGAACUGAGAUGAUAUGCAAAGAGGCAUGCCCGUAGCCAGGGGGGUUCUGACCCCCUGCACAUGCUUAAAGUUUAAAGGUCCACUUUUAUCUAAAGGUCUUCGAUUUUUCUUUAAAAGGUGGAAUGAUUUGUAUCACCAGGGGGACUGUAAUCCUAUUUGUCUCUGACUUUUCCUUUGAAACCCUCUCAAAAACGCAGGAAAUGCCAUUUCAGAAGGUUCAAGGCACUCGCUGGUCUCUUGGACAGUACAUAUACAGGUAGGAUUAGAACCCCCAAGCAAAAUCCUGGCCACGGACAUGAGAGGGUUUUAAGAUCAUAAGAGAUCGUUGUCAUUUUGUUGAAUUUCAAUUCUCACCAUCAUAUUACUUGAAGAUCUAGUACAUUCCUGUACUGAUACUAGAAAGACAUAAGAGGUGUUAAGAACUGUUUCGUUUAAUGACAUGGGGCACUUCCUGCCCUUUCAAUUUUAAUUACCAGUAUUACCUACAUAUCUAAUUAUCCUUAACUGCCUUCCAAUGUUGCAAGACUUUGAAAUUCCUGACCGACCCCCAAAACAAGUCAGAGUUUUUGUGAAUUCCUUGUUUUAUUCAUCAUUGUGAAUUUCUCUGUCUUUAUGACCUGGGGUUUCCACUGCCAUUCAGCCACAAACUCCCCAGCCUGCGCUUCCUCUGGGACCUAACUACCUGUGCCUGACCUUUUGGGGGCUGUAGUUAGGUAAUUCCUCCACUCACAUUGUGUCACUCAAGAUUUACAGUUAGUAAGAUACGUGGCAUAGCAUGGCAUAAUGGUCAGAGCAUUUGGCUCAGAACCAAGGGGUCCUGGGUUCCAACCCCCAACAUGCCCGAUACCCUGAUGAGGACACAAAUGGAUUUGGUAUCGCCAAUGUGCCAAGAUCUGUACAUUUGCCACUAAGAACCGUACAAUGUUUUAAGUAGUACACACCCUAAAAAAUGCCUCUGUGUUAGGGAGGUAAUGAAAUAGCCCUAACUCUAUUAUGGCAAGGCUUCUUGGGUGGUACAUGUUUUCUCCAGAAUGCUGGCACAAUUAUUAGGUUAGGGAAAGUGUGAGAGUGUAAGACCCCAGGGAAUAGUGCAGCUACUGCUAGAUGGAGGGAGAGGAUGUAUGUCCAUAAUCUUAGGUAAUGUUUCAUAUAUGCAAGGAGUGUACUAGUAUACAGUAUAUAAGCUUAAUUCUUAUGACAUUAUAUAAUAUCAUUACUGAGAUGCAAUAUUAGGGUUUUCAUCCAUUCAUUUGUGGCAUUACUUGAGUUCCUGAACCUCAUCAGCAUACUUUCACAAAUAUUGUUCAUACUUUUGUCCUGAAGAAUGUCUCUGAAAAAUAAAGUCUUUUUGAAAAAUAAAAA